AUGUCAAAGCAGGAUAAAGAGUUGAAUCCAUAUAUACCCAAAUAUAUAAUCUCAAAACCAUGGUAUAACGAAAAAGAAGGCUCCAAUGACUCAUCUGGGGAACAGACGGAUUACUUAUCCCAUCAGAGAAAAACAUCGGAAAUUGUUGAUCAUAGCUUGCCACAAGUGGGCCAUGGGAUAACUGACGAAUACCAAAACGGCGUACGAAUCCAUUCCAAUGAUGUAAACUACGACACAAAGAGAGAUCGAUGGUUUGGGUACUCGACUGAAGAAUGGUUAGCAAAAGUCAAGAACUGGAGCGAACAAAAUGACGUUAAAUUGAUUAACGCCAACAAUAAAGGUAACGAUUCCGAUGAUGAUGAUGGUACUGAUUACGAACUUGAAUUGAAUGAGUUGGGACUAGAUAGAAAAGACGUAAUGCAAAACAUUAAAGAAGAUCCUAUGGAAAAGAUGUUGCGUGAUCGCCAAGAUGUUCCGGCAUAUAUCCAUAACAUCAAUUCACGAGCAGAUGCCAAGAUUCGCAUUGAAUAUGAUCCUAAAUCGCGACUUGCUAAAGACCCAACUAGAGGGAUAUUGAAUGAUAAGAAUCAAUUUGUCAAGAAAUUGGAAGGUGAUGCUGAAAACUUAAAGACUUUGCAAACUUUUGCUUGGGAUUUAAACAAAAAGAAUGAACAAAAGAAGAUGGCACAAAUUGGUAUUGAUGAAACAAAUGUGAAUGUGACGGAUGUGAAUGACAGUCUUGAAGCCAAUCCUACCAUGAUGCUGAUGAAGGAAAGGAAAGAGAAGGAAGCUGCUAAGCAAAAGUCAGUUGCCAAACGAAGGAAAAUUCUUGAAAUGUAUGGAGAUUAG